AAAGCUUUUAGCUGGAUACAGGGAUUUUCUGAAUGAAUUACAUGGAAGCAGCCAGAUAACGUGAAUUUUGUAGGGAGAAAAAAAACAUGGAUUUAGCAGUUAAUAAUAAUUAGAAAAAUAACGGUGCUUUUCCGUUGAACUUAUUUUGUAUUUCAAGGCUGCUCUCUGUGCAAACAACGGCGUGUUUCUCCUUCGGACGACUGGACUUUUGCUUCAGUGGUGAGGAAGCUAGCUAGCUGUCAAGUAGUUAGCUCACUAGCUAGCGGCCACAUCAGCACCGCUGAGAUUAGCCAGCCGCGUUAGCAUCAAUGGUUUGGUGCUAUCUUGCAGAGAUUAAAUGAUGGCAGACAGUAUUAUGAGCAAGGCUGCUACCAUGGAGAUCCCCAUUAACAGCAAUGGAGACACAGGAACUCUGCCAGAGGAUGACAGCCUGGAGCAGGAUUUGCAGCAGGUGAUGGUGUCUGGACCCAACCUGAAUGAAACCAACAUUGUCUCAGGAGGUUAUGGAGGACCUGCAGGGGGCAUCAUUCCCACCAGCACCAUCAAAGGGCCGGCAGUUCGCUUCAACCCUCAGUAUCUGGACAGAAGACGAGCCCCUGCACCCGGACCAGACAUUCGCAUGAAAUCCAGGGGCGUCGGCUUGCCUAACAGCCAAGCUGUAGCCAGUCGACUUGCCCAACACCCAGACCAGCAUCCAGGGUCGCCGAACAAUAACACUGGUAAUUCCACUGAGGAAGUUUCUCGUGGCGUGGCAGUGGAGAAAUUAGACAGUGUGAAGAAAUGGGGCAUAAAUACAUAUAAGUGUACAAAGCAGAUGUUCUCCGAGAGGUUUGGCCGAGGUUCACGGACAGUAGACCUGGAACUGGAAGCCCAGAUUGACGUGUUGAGAGAGACCAAGAACAAGUAUGAACACAUCCUAAGACUGGCCACUGCACUCACCAGUCAUUUUCAAAGCAUGGUGCAGACACAACAGGCUUUAGGAGACACCUUCACUGACCUCAGCCAGAAGUCCCCAGAGUUGCAGGACGAGUUUGGGUAUAACGCAGAAACACAAAAGCUGUUGUGUAAGAAUGGCGAGGCUCUGCUUGGUGCCAUCAGUUUCUUUGUGUCCAGUAUCGACACCCUGGUCAACAAAACAAUGGAGGAUACUCUGUUGACCAUUAAGCUAUAUGAAAACGCAAGACUUGAGUUUGACGCCUAUCGGUCUGAUCUGGAAGAGUUGAGUUUGGGCCCUCGGGAUGCAGCUACCAUGGUCCGCAUUGAGAUGGCUCAGCAUGAUUACCAGAUCCACAGAGACAAAUAUGAAAGGCUGCGUAGCGACGUCACCAUCAAGCUCAAAUUCCUGGAGGAAAACAAGGUGAAGGUUAUGCACAAGCAGCUGCUUCUCUUCCACAAUGCUAUCUCAGCUUACUUUGCUGGCAACCAGGAGCAGUUGGAACAAACUCUAAUACAGUUCAAUGUUAAGUUAAAGCCCCCGGGAUCAGACAAGCCAUCCUGGCUGGAGGAGCAGUAAAGAACAGCUGUUUGAGAUGUACAGGGACACGCUGGUCUCUGAAGAACUCGGCAUUGUGCUUAGAUGAAAAAGAAUGAAAUGUAUAAAAAGAGUAUAUUGUAGGAACAAUUGCGACCAGUGAUAAAGAAAACCAUGAGAUAAUGUUUUUCAGUUUAACGUAUUGCAUAGACGGUACAACAGUUUCAAUUGUAUUCUUAUUUUCUUGUUAACUGACAAAAUUACCUUUUGUUACUUUCUUAUUCUUUAGGUAGCACAAUCAUUUACAUGAAUAUCAACUAUUAUUUAUAUACAGUAUAGUCUACUAAUGUGGAGAUACCCCUCUGCAGUUUUGCACAUGCAUUAUUUAGUUGUUUAUGAAUGUUGUCUAAAGCGAUAUAUACUGUAUAUCACAUUGGAGGAAUUCCAUAAAUCCGAUUAGCAAAUUAGAGGGAUGGUAUCAAAAAAAUGUCAUGAAAUAUCCUCUGAAAUUGUAUUUAUUAUUUCUCUUGGGUAUACACAACUGAAAAAAAUUUAGAUUUACAGAAUUAAUUCAAAUACAUCAGGAUAUAGCAUACUUUUCUAAGUGAUCCCACUUUAUUCUAAUAUGGCCUUGUGGUAUUCUUGCCUGAAUGGUCAGUUUACAUUGCAGUCAUUUUCUUUAACCUAGUAUACAAUCCAUAAUUAGUUUUGCUCUCCUACAUUUUAAAUACCUUCAGUUAUGUUCUUGUGAAUCCAGCACAGUAUUUAGUAUUUUUCUUGUUUACACAUGCAAACAAGCCUGAAAACAUAUUUUACACUCCAUAUGUUGUAUGCUUUGAGGAUAAAUGCAACCAUGUCAACUAUCAUAAAUGAAUCAAAAUGCAACACACAGCCAGUAAUUGGUUGACUAUGUUUUAAUAUGAGGCGCCAGUGCGCAAAUAAAAACACGCUGUUGGGACUCUUUAGAGUCUCAAUUUUUAAAACGGCCAUUGAAACACCGGAUACAUAUGAUGCCACAUGCACUCUAGGUUAAAAUACACAUUUCAGCGUCAGAAUGUAUGAGUACAUUUUUUCUUAUUCUGUUAUUUAUUUACUGUCUUUCUAUUUAUCUGCUUGUGACAUAAUACUGUAUGUUGCGUUCAUUCCUUUUAAUUUCAGUAGUCAGGCGAUUGUCUUUGUCUUGUUCUGUAUUUCCAAUAAAAUGUGCUGGAUGUUUUGGUUCACUUAA